UUUGAAAAAACAAAAAAAAAAAAAAAAAAGAAUUAAAAAAGGAGAGAAAACAUGAAAAGAUGGGAGGAAGGGACCCAUGGAGAUUUAAGUGGGGGAGAACAUACUAGUUAAUCUACAAAAAAUGAACUCUAGAGCAAUGGUGUUAUGAUAAAAAUAGGAAAUUUUUGGGUAUGUAGACUCUCUCUAAAUUUUGGUUUAGGGUUUUUGUUAGGCAGAAAAGAUGGGGCGAAAGAAGUUAGAAAUAAAGCCAAUUCUAGAUAACAGCUGUAGACAAAUUGCUUUUUGUAAAAGGAGAAAAGGUCUAAUAAAGAAAGCUAGAGAACUUUCAAUUUUGUGUGAUGUUGAUGUUGGUGUUGUUAUCGUCUCCAAUCGUGGCAGACUCCAUGAAUUCUCCAGCACUAACAGUAUGACAGGGAUACUUCAAAGAUACGAAAGGCACAUCGAAGCAGCAAAAGAGAUCUCUCCAGAAAUCCAGGUCUCGGAGCUGUCUAAAUACUCAAGGUUCAUGACAAUGGGAGAACUGCUACAAGCAACAGAAAGGCAAUUCGAGGAAACUAAUGCUGAUGGUCUCACUGUGACUGACCUUGUACAUUUGGAAAAUGAACUUCAAACUACUCUAAUACAAACCAGAUCUAGAAAGUUUUGUUUUAUGCAGACACAUUUGCUGCUUGAAUCUGUUAAGGAUCUUCAUGAGCAAGAAAAACUGCUGCGAGAGGAAAACAAACUUCUGGAGGACAAUAUAGCUGGGAUGAAGAAAAAUAGAAAAGUGAAUGAAAUGUCUGACCUUCCACCACAGAGAGUGACCCUGAAUUUCCUCUUGUGAUUAUCCUUGUAUUUGUCAAAUAGUUCCUUGUAGAGGCUCCAAGGGAAUAACCUGCAAAAUUAUCAUAAAGUCAAGGUGUUUCCAGAAAUAGCUAAUACGUGCAGUUUCAAUAAACCUAAUUAUUCAUCUGUUUGCUUCGCAGUUCUAUAUAUUCAGUGUUAUUGUUGCAUGUCACAUGAUCUUAUUACUUGUUUCUAUUGGAUGAUGAUUAAUUGAUUUCUGUACUUGACA